AUGGGAGAACUCGAAGUUCCAGAAAGAGAACUCGAAUAUUUCGCGACUUCGGCACGAGCUGGACGCCGUAAUGCACUUCCGGAGAUUGAGGUGGAAAUAAAUGAUCCGGACGCUGCGAAACUGGCUGAACGAAUUUCAGAUAUGACAGCUCAUUGCGAUGAGACAGCUGAUUCUCAGAACCAACCAGGACCAUCACAACCGCCGCAGAAAAAGUCGUAA